GGUCCGUGUCUCCACCCGGAACCUUUAUGAAACCGGCGGUCUGUUUGCCACGUAGAGAUCAGUUCUGCCCUUUGGCUGAUUUUCUCUCCGGAUAAAGUUACUGUUUUAUAGUUUCUCUGGAUCCGGAUUAAUAAAGGAAGAUGGUGUCUGUAAUUAAUACAGUGGAUACCUCACACGAGGACAUGAUCCAUGAUGCCCAGAUGGACUACUAUGGCACACGACUGGCGACCUGCUCCUCUGAUCGCUCUGUGAAGAUCUUUGAUGUAAAGAAUGGAGGACAGAUUCUUGUGGCUGAUUUGAGGGGGCAUGAAGGUCCAGUGUGGCAGGUAGCCUGGGCUCAUCCAACCUACGGCAACAUCCUGGCCUCCUGUUCCUAUGACCGAAAAGUCAUUAUCUGGAAAGAGGAGAACGGGACAUGGGAUAAGAUGUACAAAUACACAGGCCACAACUCCUCAGUGAACUCUAUCUGCUGGGGGCCGUAUGAGUUUGGUUUGACUCUGGCUUGUGGAAGCUCUGAUGGCGCGAUUUCAAUUCUGACCUACACCGGUGACGGACAGUGGGACAUUAAGAAGAUUAAUAAUGCACACACUAUUGGCUGUAAUGCAGUGAGCUGGGCUCCAGCCGUGGUUCCAGGAAGUCUUAUAGACCAGCCCACAGGACAGAAACCCCUCUACAUCAAGAGAUUCGUCUCCGGGGGCUGCGACAACUUAGUCAAGCUGUGGAAAGAAGAGGACGGCCAAUGGAAGGAGGACCAGAAACUUGAAGCUCACAGUGAUUGGGUGAGAGAUGUAGGCUGGGCUCCAUCUAUUGGACUGACCACCAGCACAAUCGCCAGCUGCUCACAGGACGGUAGGGUGUUUAUCUGGACGUGUGACGAUCCCUCCGGAAACACCUGGACCGCUAAACUCCUGCACAAAUUCAGCGACGUGGUCUGGCACGUGAGCUGGUCCAUCACCGGGAACAUCCUGGCAGUAUCUGGAGGAGACAACAAGGUGACGCUGUGGAAGGAGUCGGUGGACGGACAGUGGUCCUGCAUCAGUGACGUCAAUAAGAGCCAGGGGGGCUUGUCCUCCAUCACAGACACCCAGCAGAACGAGCAGUGAGGCGGAGACCUGCGGAGAGCGUCUGGUGGAGAACAGGCCACGCCUCCACGGACAGGAUGGAUGAGGCCCGAGAGCCUAAAAGACUUUUCCAGAACAUUGUUCUAUCGUUCAUUCAGACAUGAAUCCAUGUGGCGAGACCAGUCCUAAACUCUCUUAAUUUUACAAUUCAUUUUUUCUUAUUUUUCCAAUUAAAUUUCCUCACAAAAGAUAACUUUCAAUAAAAGUAUUAAUAAGUUAAAUGUGA